ACGUGGUUUUGAGAUGCACGGAGCGACCUAUUUCUGUUUUCACGUUACUCGAGGAAGGCACGGUGGCGGCUCCUUCCUUCCCUCCCAGGCACUUCGGGAACAACAGGCGGGCCUCCACAUCGUGCCUGCGGUUGAAUGACUCAUGACCUUUUUUUUUUUCUCCUCUCAAGGGUGGUCCCUUUUUUCUUCAAAGGGUGGCUUCGGUUUUCGACGGGGGCGGUUUCUUUAUGCAAAUGGAGACUGGGCUUUUGUGUGUUUAGCUGGCUGGUGGUUUUCAUUGCGAAACGACCAUCGAUACUCUCCGCUCCAUCGCAGGAGGCAACUCAGAAUGGAAACGGCCCGGGAGGACGAGCAGGGGCAUGCGAGAUGCGGCACAGAACGAGGAGAGUCAAGACGGCAGAAUAGCUCAACAGACAGAAAGACGAUGCAUUUGGACAGUUCCUUCUUUUCAGGAAGAAACAAAAGAUGCCAGGUGGUGUUUUGCACGCUCGAGUUUUGCGCCCCCCGUGUGGUGGACCGUGGCUCCCUCCCCUCUGAGCCCCCGGCCGUGGUUCGCCUCGUCUACCUACACACCGCCGCAGCAAGUGCCCUUCUCCCCACGUCUUCUCCCAUACAUUCCGCAGGGCGCGCGUGUUGUUCGCCUUGCUCCAGGCGCCUUGUUGCCCGGGGGUGCUCGGUCAAAGGCCAGAUAGUGGGGAGGUAGGUACUCCGUACAAUAAGCCGGAAGGGCCCAGUCACACGCG